AUGCUCGCUUGGAUGGCGAAGAUGCGCGGCUACACCCCGGGCUGCGUAGACCUUCUGGUUGCAGAUCUCCAGAUCGACACCGUGAGAGCGGAGGCCAAAGCUUGGCUCCAGUCGAGGUUGCCCUCGCUGGGACAACGGGAUGGCAGCCCGCUGGUUCAGCAGAGCCCCGAGGUGAGGCAGUUCUUUGAUCCCGUGUCCAGCACUUUGACAUACCUGAUUGCCUGUCCAGCCACCAAGCAAGCUGUGCUGAUCGACCCGGUUUUGGAGCACAAGGAUCGCGACCGAAAGGCCAUCACAGAGCUGGGUUUGCACUUGAAGUACGUGCUGAACACGCACUGCCAUGCAGACCAUGUGACUUCCGGCGGUGCGAUGCGAAAGGAUUGCCCACAUGUGCAGACCAUCAUCUCCAAGUCGUCUGGGGCCCAAGCAGACAUCCACGUGCAGCAUGGGGACAAGGUGACUUUCGGCGACCUUUCCCUGGAGGUUCGCGCAACUCCAGGUCACACUGAUGGCUGUGUGACAUAUGUACUGAUGACCCAGACGGCCACGUUUGCCUUCACCGGUGACACCCUUCUGAUUCGUGGCUGUGGCAGGACUGACUUCCAGCAGGGCAACUCCUUCACUCUCCAUGACAGUGUUCACACACAGAUUUUCACUCUUCCAGAUGAUGCCCUCAUCUGCCCAGGCCAUGAUUACAAGGACAGAGGGGUGUCGACCGUGCUGGAGGAGAAAAUGUUCAACCCCAGAUUGACCAAGUCUCCUGAGGAUUUUGCCAAGCUCAUGGAGGACCUCAACCUACCGAACCCGAAGCAGAUUGACAUCGCCGUGCCAGCCAACAUGGCCUGCGGUGUGCAGUUUGACCCGUCUGAAAACCUCCCGAUCUAG